UGAAUCUGAGAAACUGCGCAGCAAUGGUCAACCCCGAGAAAUAGAGCAGCAACGGUCGUUGUCAUCCUCAUCAUCCAUUCGCCGCUCUUGUGUACUCUUCCCUCACUGCCGCCGGAGAGAGAGAAGGCGAGGCCGUCUGGAUUGGAGCACCAUGGCCGGCUCUGAUCUCCCUCAUACAGGAUUGGCAAUCGUGAUCAUGGGAGUCAGCGGCUGCGGCAAAUCGACCGUCGCGGCGAUGCUCGCUGCAGCCCUGGGCUGCAACUUCGUCGAGGCAGACGAUUACCACUCCCAGGCGAACAAAGCAAAGAUGAGCAAGGGCAUCCCACUCACCGACGCCGACCGCGUCCCGUGGCUGGAGUCGCUCCGGGACGCCAUCAGGGAGCUGCUGGACCGCGGCGAGGACGUCGCCGUCAGCUGCUCGGCACUGCAGCUGAAGUACAGGGAGAUCCUGAGGGAAGGAGACAGCAACUACAAGGCAGGGUGCUAUGGAACCUGCAGGGUGAAGUUUGUCUGUCUGGAGGCCUCAGCGGAGUUGAUCGCUGAUAGGGUGAGGAGGAGGGCGAAGGAAGCAGGGCACUUCAUGCCUGCGAGCCUGGUGCAAAGCCAGCUUGAUCUGCUGAAGAUAGACGAAAACGAGGGGAUCACUGUUGUCGACGCCACACUGCGUCCCGAAACCAUUGUCAAAGCCACCAUUGCUCAGUACAAGGAGGAGCUGGCAUUGACAGCGUCACUGAUGGCUUAGCAUUCUAGCUGCAUUGCUUCUUAUUUCUGAAUCAGUUUCAUCUCUGUAUACUGGACAAAUUUCCAGUCCGCAUCCAUGAUCCCAUCCAUCAUGUACAACUUGAAGACUUGCAAAUAAGCAAGAUAUGAAUGUCAACAUUACCCAGUUCAUUUAAAAUCAAA